AUACAACUCAACUAAAUAUGCAUACUUGAACGACAUCGUUUCGCUCUCCCAAUUUCCAGUGGAUUACUCGUUAGAAACCCUUUUCUUUAGAAGUCUUAAAUGAGCGACUCGUAUCUCACAGUAUCCUUUUUCCACAAGUAUUCCUCCUCUCAUCAGGAAACCACAAACAGAACUCUCUCUCUCUCUCUCUCUCUGUGUUCAUCAUUGUCAGCUUCCAAGGAAAUCAAGCUUUUACAUAUUCUGAAGAAUCGACGAUCACACACGAUGGUGGUUGGUGGGCUUUCUAUGCUUUUCAUGGAGGAAGAACGCAGAAGAAUAGAAUCAUCACAAGUUAAAAGACCAAAGGAGCAGAAGAAGAGGGCGACGAUGAUGAGCAGCAGCCAAGAAUUUAGUGGAAGCAAGACAUUCAAGAUUCCUCUUCACUACCCACGUUACACCAAGAAGCAGUAUGAGCACAUGCCUGAGUGGAAACUUGAUUCGCUUCUUCAAGAUUAUGGGUUGCCGAUUGAUCAGGGCGACUUGGCUUACAAGAGAGAGUUGGCGAUUUCUACCUUCAUCUGGCCUGAACCUCAUUCUGAAGAUGGUGCUGUGGAUUCUGAUAAAGAUUUUACUUCUCAGGGAAAGAAGAACAAAGCAAGCAGAGUAGUUGAACUUGUACUGUUAGGGUUUUCAUAAUUGUGUAGUUACGUUUGAAAGUUAAUUAAUCUUCCUUUUAAAGUCAUUAAGCUUAAUUAGAAGUUGAUUCCCACUUACAUAUGGGUUGCCUGUUAAGGGUUGUUUGGCUUACAAGAGAGAGCUGACUAUAUCUUGUUUCCAUUGGGCUGUACCUCGUUCAGAAUAGAACACUGCCCCUCGUCCUCAAGCUUCUUCUUCUUCUUCUCUGUUCUCAGGGGAAGAAGAUCGUAGCCAUAGCCACAAGUAUAUUUAGCGAUUACACUUAGUUAUUUAGCUUUAUUAGUAGGUGUAGUCUCUGUCUUCAUCAGUAGUGCAUGUACGAUUGAUGGGUCUCGUCACCUUCUUUGCAAUAAUUAUCAUCUUAUUUCUUGUUAAUUUGUUCUCCAUCCAUGAAUUUUAUGGCGCGGGGACUAAGAGA